GAUAAGGAUGCGGGGGAUUUUAUCUCAAGACGGGGCGCGUUCGCUUCGGACAUUUAAAAUCGCCUCGAGGAUUUCAGUCACGUCCUGUCUGGGAGAGCUGUCAUUGACAGCUGGAGAUCCUGGUGGAGAGUGGAACGCCAGAGGAUGAUCUUCCCUGAAAAGCUCGUGUUGGUAAAAAAAUUGUUCAACAACUCUACGCUAUUGCUGAUAUACAACACGAGAGAAAGGCCAGAAGUCCAACAGAGAUACAAAAGAUGUUGAAAUACGCCAAUGGGGUUUCUUUAUCCCCACUAUAACAACUUCUCUCGAAUCCAUCGUUGUAGAAAGCUCUCAAGUGGUAGUUGAAGAGCCGACGGAGGGGGACAAGUGCUCCUGGUGUUUUCCCCACUUCCACUUGUUCAGUUCCACAGCCGGACCCAAACACCAAUUUAUCCAAUAUAUUUUCUAAACACUACCUCAUGAUUCAUUUGUUCAUUCAGUCUGUGUGUCUGUUGUUUUAAUAAUUGUCAUUGUGGUGAUUGACAGGUGGUGAUUUUUUUUUAAAUCGUCAGUUCCUCCGGAGAUUGUGCUAAUAGUGGAAUCAAGUGAGGAUUCAUGUAAACUUUUGGGAAUUCUGGAGGAGAUCUCGGCGGAAUUUUCAUUAGACGAAGUUCCAAACAUGCUCGAGAGGCGAUGGCUCCUGCUGACACUCUACGGUAUUUCCCUGGUCUUCGCUGUGUCAGACGCUGUGAAGGCAAGCAGGCAAAAAUUUAAAAUUGCAACAACUAGCACAACGACUGAAGAACCGGAGAGCGAUGAUGUAGAGGCAACAACACUGUCAGAUGUUAAUGCAACGACUGGUCACACCUUGACUGGUAUACCACAGAUUGAUUACAUAUGGGAUCCAAAUUUACCGCGCGAACUAAAUGGUUACAAUCUCAGUGAAUAUCCAUUCUACGAUAGUAUCCCCAAGGAAAUUGACUUCAAGUGUGACGGAUUGCAUGACGGAUUUUACGCUAGUGUUCCACACAAGUGCCAGGUGUAUCACCAUUGUCUUUACGGUACGCGCUAUGACUUCCUCUGCGCGAACUUCACGGCAUUCGAUCAGAAGACAUUCAUAUGUCAUUUUGCAUCGGAGGUUGACUGCGCCAAUUCCAAGAAGUACUGGCACAGGAAUGAUGCCCUUUACAAAGCAGCGAGUACCACACCACCGCCCACAUCCUCGACGACAACCGUGAGAACAACGACGACCACAUCAUCGACGAUUGAAGCGAUCCGUCCAACGAGAAGAAGACGUCCAUUCAGGAGACGUCCGGCUUACGAUUACUACGAGGAUGAGUACUACGAUGAUGAUUUUGAACGGCCCAGGGGUCGUGGUAGUUACGACAGGCGAGACGAUUACGAGUAUGAGGAACGAAAGUACAUGAGACGAGAUAGAGAUCGUGAUCGUGAGUUCAGGGAACGUGAGAGGGAGUACAGGGAGCGCGAUGUGCCACGUAGAGAUUCUGAUAGAUCUGAUAGACCUGAUAGACCUGAUAGACCACCUAGGGAUGAACGAGAGCCCCCGGUGAUCAGCCCCAGGGAGCGAUUUCAUCCCAGGAGUAACAGGAGGGAACCCAAUCGACCAGGUCGAGAUCCUGACGAUCAAGAAGAUGACAGACGUCUCGAGGAUCGCCGUCCCACUAAAGAUGAUUACGACGAGGAGCCGCCGACGGCCCCAACGGGUCCAUCCUCUGGAGACAGUUUAGUGAAACCAGCAGCUCCAUUAUCCUCAGUCUACGGACGUCCACGGACACCACCGAAAAUCCGACGGCCCGUUCCAUUGUCGGAACAAGACAGAUUCGCUUACAAAGCAACAUCGAUGCAACCAAGCACUGGGGAAUCCCGUAAGCGACCGAGCGAUGGAUCUCUCGAUGACGAUUACUACGACGAUGACCUGGAAGAUAUCCGUCCACGUCGACCAAUGCGACCCAGAAGACCCUACAGAGAGAGAACAUUCUACGAUUCACCUAGGGACAUGCGAGAUCGUGAACGUGACCGACCCUUCAGGAGUCGAUACCGAGACGAGGAGGAGGAGAUAAGACCGAGGAAGCACCAGGAACGCCCCAGGGACAGAUAUUACGAGAGAAGCAGAGAUCGAGCACUGGACAGGGGUAAAGAUAGACUGCCAGAGCGAGAAUCUAGACCACUGGGAAGACGUCCCCUGGACAGAGACGAGAAAGAUGAUCGUGGGCCACCACUAGGGGAUAAAGAUGUCCUAGACGAAGUUAAAGAACUCAGGAAAAAUUAUAAAUCGGUGGAGACCACCACAACUACCACGACAACGUCUACAACAUCUCGUCCAGAAAGUACGAGACCGCCUGAAGAGUCUGAGAAACGUGUGACCCAUCCUAUCAUAGAGGAUCAUGAAUUUACAGUGAAAAAAAAUCCUCAGAAAUUAGAUACAUCAAGUGAUGAUCGAGGUAAAGCACCUGGUGGAAAACCAGAGGCUGAGUACGAUGAUUACUACGAUGAGCCGGAGUAUCCACCCUCUCCACCACCCAGGACUGCCGUUAGAAUAGUAAAACGUCCAUUCCUACCGUCUCGUGGUGGUAAUCCAAAUCCCCGAGGAUUGUAUUCAGUCGGUGGUAAAUCACCGGACAUUCGAAAAGAGAUUUACACAACGAAUUUACAGGAAUCAAAUGCAGGAGUCGAUGAUAAACGAGUUUACGACGCAUACAAGGUCAUUCAGACUGAUGUCCAGAAGAGGCCUGAUGCGGGUUCAAUAAGAAGACCUGGUGAAGCUCCUGAUAAUAUUCAGGUGGACAGUGCAGGAUUCAAUGGGCUACAGAGGAGACCUGAUGACGACGAGAGUGAGAAGAAACCUGCGGUACCUUGGAAUGCAGAGGAGAUUGGACACGAGAGUUUUACGACAGAGGCCAAUAGAGUUGAUGUCACUGGACCCAGUGGACCUGGAAAGCAGAGGAUCAAUGAAGUAUCUCAUAGACUGCAGGAUAUUCCAGAGAGUGAGUACGAUGUGACACUCAAUGAGGCGCUGACACCAUCAUUCAAUCAGGAAUCGAGUCUUCCCAGUGGUUUUGUUCUGCCACUUCAUCGACAGUUGAAUCGAGAGCCCAUUAUCCAGUCGUCUGAGAAUAAUUACAAAGUAUCGGGGCCCUAUAAUCCACAGGGAAAUCAGCAAAAGAGUUUUGUUCCAAGCCCUCAGUUUAUUCCUCUUCCCAGGAUCCCUGAAAACAAUGAGAGAUCUGGAUCUGUCCAGUACUAUAGAACACCUGAACCCGUUGGAAAUGUCUACAGGCAGUCCAGGACAUCCUGGCAAGACUACACUGGAUACUGAUUGGAAUAACUUGAUUAAUCUUUAUUAAUUCGUUCUAAAUGAAUCGUGAGUGAAACUACUGGGGAAAAAGUAUUGCGUUGGAGCAUUUGGCACUCAUCUAUUCUCAUUUUAAAGUGAAAUACUAUCGGUGAUAAUUUUUUUUCCUUCGACUUCUAGUUGAUAAGUUCUUAAGGUCUGUCUUUUUGAAGAUUUUUUCUCUUUUUAUUUUCAAUUUCUUUGAGAGAUACCUCCAGUGACAACUUGUGGAAGGAAAUUGAAUCCUUGUAAAUACUCAAUCAUCCGAUGAUUAAUUAUUAGUUCUCUCUUAUUUCUGUCACCUUUCUCUUCCUCGCUUAAAUUAUUUUUACUCCUCUUGCUCCUCGAGAGCACUGUCAUGAUGUAUGUCAAUUUAUCCAUGUAAAUUAUGUUAAUAUGAUAAUAAAAUUUAAUAUCGUCUCUA